AUGGCUCAGAGCCUCAGUUUUCUCAUCCGAGACAUGGGCGUGGUGAAAGGGGACACCCGACCUUCUGAGCCAGUGGAUGUGAAGGCCGCUCCCCCAGCCCGGCGCGGACCCAGGGACCCAGCAGCGGUGGCAGGCGGCCGAGGGGCGGGCCAGCCCGGGGCGGCGGUGGCGGCGUUGGCGGCGGCGCUCUCCUGCGGCACAGCGCCGGACGAGGUCUGUGGUGCUCUCAAUGUCACUGUGUCCCCAGGGCCUGUGGUAAACUACCUGGAGGGGGAAAAUGCGACUCUCCUCUGCCACGUUUCCCAAAAGAGGCGCAAGGACAGCCUGCUGGCCGUGCGCUGGUUCUUCGCCCGUGCCGGCUCCCAGGAGGCCUUGAUGGUGAAGAUGACCAAGCUCCGGAUGAUCCAAUACUAUGGGAAUUUCAGUCGCAGUACCAUCCGGCAGAGGCUGUUCCUGCUGGAGGAACGGCGAGGAGUGCUGUACCGGCUGUCUGUCCUGACGCUUCGGCCAUCUGAUCAAGGACAGUAUGUUUGCAAGGUGCAGGAAAUCAGUAAGCACAAGAACAAGUGGACAGCCUGGUCCAAUGGCUCUGCAGCAACAGACAUGAGAGUGAUCUCCCUCAAAGCUCCAGAAGAUUCAUCCUUUGAGAAAAAGAAAUCGAGCUGGGCAUUUUUUGAAGAUCUCUACAUGUAUGCCGUCCUUGUGUGCUGUGUGGGGAUCCUCAGUGUUCUGCUCUUCACCCUUGUCAUUGCCUGGCAGUCUGUGUUUCACAAGAGGAAAUCCAGAGUGAGACAUUAUUUGGUGAAAUGCCCUCAGAACAGCUCAGGGGAGACUGUCACCAGCAUGACCAGCUUGGCCCCACUGCAGCCACAGAAAGGCAAGCGGCGGAAGGAGAAGGCAGAUGUCCCUCCUGAAGUCCCUGCCAAAGCUCCGAUAGCCACCGCUUUCCACAAACCGAAGUUGCUCAAACCACAGAGGAAAGUCACCCUGCCAAAGAUUGCUGAGGAAAACUUGACCUAUGCUGAGCUGGAGCUGAUCAAACCGCACCGGGCUGCCAACGAUGCCCCCAGCAGCACCGUGUACGCACAGAUCCUUUUCGAGGAGAACCAGCUGUAAUGAGGCCUCUGCUCUGGUUGUCACCUGUGCUGCCCCAUUAUUUAUGGUACUCAGAAACAAAGGCCUAUUUUUGUACUUUCACCUGUGCCUUUGCUAUAGUGGGGACCCAUUCCCAUGGCAUUCCAGUGUCUGUAGUACGCCCCUCCCAAGGAAGAGGGCCCACAGUCCUCAGCCAUGUCUCUAAGACAAGAGGUCCCUGGCCUAACCCUGAGACACAAGGACUUGGAUUCCAAAAGCAUUUGCUGAGCCAACCUGUGACAUCUUCUCUUUCCCCCCGAGUCUUACCAAAAACCAAAAAGAAAAUCUUAAUUUUAAUCUAUCACCUCAUCAUGUCCAUGAUAUCAAGCACCAGUUUAUGGGUUCAGAAAAUGUCUGUAGAAGCCACAGAGCGGGGUGAAACGUGGAGUCACUGGUUUUCUGAGGCUCAGAUGGCAUUGCUGGGUCACAGAGCACAGAAUACCUCCGAUGGUGGUGGCAAACAGCUGGUUAUGAUGGCAUCCAUUGUUUUAAAUAGAUGCUCUGAUAUUGGCUGAGGGGAUGAUGGUGGGAAGUCUGAGGUCUGUCUCAGAAAACUCUGGUGCUUCUCUUUAGACCCAUGAUUCCUCAAGGCUACAGGUCCAAAGGAUGCCAUUGUCCCCCUUGGCAAGGCAGAUGUGGAGUAUUAGGAAAACCACCCUCAUUCUUUCCCAAAGAAGCAAGUGUGCCACCAGUGGACACAGGGGGCAAGUAGGCCUCUGCAGUGUGUGUCAAACACUCUCCACUCAGGCUGAAUGCCUAUUAAUGGGAAAGAAGAGAUUUUUGACCUGAUUGCCUCCAGGUAGGAGAAGCACAAGUACAAGCCAUGCUGGAAAACUGUGUCAUGUCGGGGAGAAGACUCUGGUCUUGCCUAGUGCCUUGCCCAUCUCGGUCUUGCAUGUGAAAUAUGACAGGCUUGGGUGGCUGUUAGCAGCACGCGGGACAUAAAUCUAUGGGGAAGUUGCUCUGUGGACCUGCAAAAUAUACAGAAAUUUUGGACUUGCUGGAAGAAGGUCCAUUCUGUGUCAUCCUGUCACUGUGUUAAGGAUGUUUCUGGAUGUGAGUGUACUAGGGGAGGCCAUUGACUGCACUCUAUAAAAAAUGUUUGGCUAUGUAAUUUACCAUGUAUAUAUGAUAAAUCAUCUAUUUUAGACA